UUCAAUUUUUGAAGUUUUCUAACUUGCUCUGGUUGCUCAAAUUCUUCAAGACACUUCCACAGCUAUGAAUGCUUCAUUCUCUAAGGCUCAAUACAAUAAUAUCUCUGCCUCUUAUGUCAAAGAGACAGGGUGCUGUGGUGUUGCAGAGAGUCAUAUCAGAUGAUUGCAGCAUUGUGAGCUAUUUCUAUAUUCUGAUAUUCAAUCCAGAACUCAAGUUUAUCAAGAUGAGUUUUACCUUCUUGAUAAACACGAUGGGGUACUAUGUAUUCCAGUUUUUCUACAGCACAAUGUAACAAUCUCUGUUCAUCCUGAGAACUGAAGAUUCUAUUCUCACUUGAGCUUUUGCUGUCUUGUUUCAUGUUGAUAUUUUGAUGUUUCUGUCUGAGGCCUGAGAACAAUGAUCUUUGUUGCACCCCAGUAUCAAGCCCUAGUUCCUAGUUUUUGGAUUCUACAAAUGGUUUACUGAUUUCAUAUUUCAGAUUUCGCACAAGAUGAAUACUUUCUUACUGGUUUUUUGCUUUUAUUCCUGUGUUGGAUGGAAGAAAUUCACAAGGUUUAGAACUCACCGAUUGAUCAUCUCGGUCCCUAUUUGCAAAGAUCAAAACAUCGGUUUCUUCCGCCCGAUGUGGAAGACUUUUGCCGGACACCUCCUUUCGGCCAUACCCAGCCCUUCAUAGCAAUUGAUAUGUAUUUCCAGAAGCUCCCUUACCUAUGAAGGUCUUUAUUGAAAGUCAUCUUCCUAAGUACUAGGCUAUUACACCAAAUCUUCACAACUCCCACGACUCUCCCGACGUCGAGAAUACCGUUCAAUCGACUUGCCACACAGCCCUGCCUCAAACAGAAGCACUGAAUCACCGAUCGUGAGUGCUUGUUCGUCUCCACAACAGAGCCGCAUUUUAACACCUGCCAGUACCUGUGAAACCCCAGGGGAUGCUGAUAGAGAUCAGCAACCAGCAACUCUGCCAGUCUCAAAACCCUAGCUGUGGAAAUGCCCCAGGUGUUACAGAAAGUUCUUCCUUGAGAUGACUAAUUGCUGUCUCUACAAUGAGUGCUAUUUCUGUCCUAGUUUCAAAUUGAAGAGUGAUAGACAAUGCUGCAAGUAUAAAGAGCAAAACUGGAAAAAUUGCGCAGGUAUCUUCGAUUAUACCGGCUGGAAAAAUAUGAGGGCUUGGCAGCAACAACGGAGGCAGGGACAAGGUGCAGAGAAGGAGUGGGAAUCUGGGUGCAUGAAUGACUGUGGAAGCGUGAAAACCCAGUAUCCACUCCGCCUCUCAUGGCUGAACAGGUACCUCCAGAAAAGAAGUUGGGUAUACACAUAUACAUUGGUCCUGCCAGUCCCCCCACCCAAUGAUAACAGCUACUCCCUUUCCUCUUCUCGUCAAGGCGGAUGCAAAGGAUAAAGUUCGAGCCGACUCAAAGCGAGCACGGUUAGACACAACUUUUUUCUUUUCUUUCCUUUUCUUUUUUUCUUUCUUUCUUUCUUUUUCUCUCUUUUUCUCUCUCUUUCUUUUUGAAUCUUUAAACAAUUUCCUUUAUCGUCAAUUUAUUCUUAUUUAACAAAGACAUGCUUGCCGACAUUUAGCCCAUUUCCUUUCAUGGAGAUAUACGGUCAGCCAUCCGUUAGACAAUUACUACUGUACAGCAUAUUGAUGUAUGGAAUGGUUCGGCCCCUUAAUAACUUACCAGUUAGCCUAGUGACGGCGUAGCUAAGUUUCAGCAUCCGCCUGGUUGCCCACACGCUGUAAGUUUAUAUAUUCUGGUAAUACCGAUAGACCGUCUGCCUUUGGCUUGCGUGUGGUAUGUAUGGAGCAGUGUGGUCCCAACCUAUCAUUUUCUAGGAAGCUGCCACCUAUCCAUGAAUGUUGAGCGACUAAAUGAAUGCAUCUCCAAACUGCAUAAGGGUCGGGUGCCAAGGGGAGGCCUCAAAACCAUUAAAUUUUCUAGCCUCUUCCUGGAAACUUCUUUAGAUCCAGACUGGCGGUUUUUGCUCUAUACAAGUAGUAGCAUUGAUAUAGCGUCUGCAGGCAAAAGACGGGAACAGGUAAUAAUGUGUAUGUGAUAGGUUAUAUGACGGAUGGCAGAUAUAUUGAGACAAGGCGUUCUUCUCAGAGAAAGAAGAGGAAUUAUUAGAAAGAAUUUCAGCAGAACAAAAAACUCCGUUCGCUUUUAACGACCAUUUGAAAUCCAAAAAAUUUACAGCAACACCUGCGAGGCCAGUGGGAGGAAAAAAGCAAUAAUAAAAGGGAGGGCAGGAAACUUAAAGGAACACACAAAGCACCACAGAUUCAGAUUCGCCAGAUAUCCAUGACAAAGAAAGCAACCGAACCAAAGAAAGAAACUGGGGCACAAGCCUAUUACCCAAGAACCCUCAAACCCCCUUUCGUCUUCCCUUGCUUCUUCUGUAUACCACCAUCGAUAACUUUCGAGCCACCACCACCCCCGC